GCUAGCCGGUGCGCGCCGCCAUUGUGGCCAGUUCGAUCGGUAUCGGGAGCGGAGAGCGGAGCUCAGCGAGCCCGGAGCAGGGAGCAGCCCCCCCCCGCCCCCCCCAACGGCCGGCCUCAGUCACCAUCACAACCGCGGGAGGGCGGCGCGCGAAACAGCAGUCACCACCACCGUCCGCACCGAACAAGCCGCCGCCAUGAGCAGCGAGGCCGAGACCCAGCCGCCCGCCGCCGCCCCCGUCCCCGCGGCGGCCCCCGCCGCCGCGCCCGCCGACUCCAAGCCAAACGGCGGCACCGGGAACGGGGGGAGCGGCCUGGCCUCGGCGGCGCCUCCCGCCGGCGGGGACAAGAAGGUCAUCGGUGAGGGCGGGCGGGGGUCCCCCGGGGGAGGAGGGAGAGGGGAAGGCGGGUGGGAAGCCCCCGAUUUCGCUCCCCCUUUCCCCGCUCCCCCCCCCCCCCCCUCCACUGCACGGCUGAGGGGGGGCGCGCGCUCCUCCUCGCUGAGGGGGCGGCGCGCGCCCCCGCUCGAGCGGGAGCGCGCUUUUAAUUUACUGUGCAUUUCAUUCAUGAAUCUCAAUUUCCUGUUGUCUUGCAGGAAUGACACCAAGGAAGAUGUGUUUGUCCAUCAGACUGCCAUAAAGAAGAAUAACCCCAGGAAGUACCUCCGCAGCGUAGGAGAUGGAGAGACCGUGGAGUUUGAUGUGGUUGAGGGAGAAAAGGGCGCGGAGGCAGCCAACGUUACAGGACCUGGAGGAGUUCCAGUGCAGGGCAGUAAAUACGCAGCAGACCGUAACCAUUACAGACGAUAUCCACGUCGUAGGGGCCCUCCACGCAACUACCAGCAAAACUACCAGAACAGUGAGAGUGGGGAAAAGAACGAAGGAGCAGAGAACAUACCAGAAGGUCAAGCCCAGCAACGCCGUCCCUAUCGCAGGCGGCGGUACCCACCUUACUAUAUGCGUAGGCCCUACGGGCGUCGUCCACAGUAUUCCAACCCUCCCGUACAGGGAGAGAUAGUGGAGGGUGCUGACAACCAGGGUGCAGGAGACGGCAGACCAGUCAGGCAGAACAUGUACCGGGGUUACAGACCACGAUUCCGCAGGGGUCCUCCUCGUCAAAGACAACCUAGAGAGGAUGGGAAUGAAGAAGAUAAAGAGAACCAAGGGGAUGAGACCCAAAGUCAGCAACCACCUCAACGUCGGUACCGCCGUAACUUCAACUACCGACGCAGACGCCCAGAGAACCCUAAACCACAAGAUGGCAAAGAGACGAAGACAGCCGAACCACCAGCUGAGAACACGUCCGCUCCCGAGGCCGAGCAGGGCGGGGCUGAGUAAAUACCGGCUUAACAUCUCUACCAUCAUCCGGUUUAGUCAUCAAAGAAAAGACUUUAAGAAAUGAAGAAGAAAACGAAAUUCCAGCAAUAAGAAAUGAACAAAUGAAUUGGAACUGAAGACCUUAAGUGCUUGCUUUUUGCUGUUGACCAGAUUACUAGAACUAUCUGCAUUAUCUAUGCAGCAUGGGGUUUUUAUUAUUUUUACCUAAAGAAUUCUCUUUUUGGAAAUGAUAAACACGUUUUUUAAAAGCCUGUUUUUUCUCAAUAUACCUUUAAAAGUUUGUAAAUUGUUUCAUAUCUGGUCAAGUUGAGAUUUUUAAGAACCUCAUUUUUAAUUUGUAUGGAAUAUACGCCUGAUUUUUUCAAGUCAAACUGCAAGCAUCUGUUAAUAAAGGUCUUAAAGAGUUA